GUGCCCACGUUCUGUUUUAAAUACCCCUCUGCAUUGGGAGGGAAGUUGCGGAAGCAUCUUGACUGCCAGCAGCCUCUGUGACAGCACUGGCUCAUGACAUCAGUAAUCGGUAGUAAUCAGAUGACCGAACUAAGGUGCACCUGCAGCCCAGAGACAUGUCCUGCUACAACCAGUGCCUGCCAUGCCGGCCCUGCGGCCCCACCCCACUGGCCAACAGCUGCAAUGAGCCCUGUGUCAGGCAGUGCCAGAGCUCCACUGUCGCCAUCGAGUCUCCUGCUGUGGUGGUGACCCUGCCCGGCCCCAUCCUCAGCUCCUUCCCACAGAACACCGUGGUGGGCUCCUCCACCUCUGCUGCCGUUGGCAGCAUCCUCAGCUGUGACGGAGUGCCCAUCAACUCUGGGUGCUGUGACCUCUCUGGCAUUUCCAGCCGCUACUAUGGCAGAAGGUUCCUCCGUUGAUACAGAUGCUGGGAAAGCUCCAAGAAGACACACUGAGGAGCUCAGAACACGCAGCUGGGCAGGAAAUCAAGACUUCUAAUGUGUUCUCUGUAUAUCUGCAUUACUUUUGCCUUCCUUCCCUUUUCUUUGUUUUCUCUGGUUCCCCUCACCAGCAAGUUCUCACCAGGGUCUCACCCUGGAUGGGACCCUUUUGUCUCCUCUCUAUCUAUGGGACAGGCAGACACACACCAUGUAGGAACUUAUCCACAGUCAUGUAUUGCAGACACGAGGCUUCUCCCAGGACUCCCUGUACUGCUGUCUUCCAGUGGCAGUGACUUUGCUUCCUUCUUUGGUUUCAUUAAAGUUCUGCUGCAUUUAAA